AUGAGCUCCAUCACUGACAAGGCAGCCAACUUCAUCUCGCGGGUCAACCCGCUCAAGGACCCUGGCUUUGCGCAGGAUGCCUCGCGAGCCCUGCACUACAACUAUGGCCCCGUCUCGAUCCUGGCCGCCUUUGCCGGCUCGCACCUCUUGCUGCAGCACCGUCUGCCCAUGCUCUUCUACGGCCUCGACCAGAACGUCUACCCGCGUGACGACCUGCGGGUCAACGGCGAGAAGCACGUCGCCUCGGGCAAGAUCACCCAGGCUCAACUUCGCCGCCUCAAGCGAUGGGAGGCUGCCCACUACAACGCCAUCGAGAACCUUCCCAUCUUUAUCGGCUCCAUCUUGUCGCUCCAGUUCGCCGGUGCUCCCAACCGCUUGAUCAACCGCGUCGCUGGUGUCUACCUCAGUGCACGUGCUGCUUUCGCCGCGCUCUACAUCUUCAACGAGGACGAGACACUCGCAUACGCACGCACCGUCGCUUGGUGGACCGGCAACAUCACCUGCAUCUACGGCCUGGUCAAGGCUGCCAGGUUCUUGAACCAUGGUGUAGCUGCCGGCAGCCCGGCUCUUUAG